AUGAAGUUCCCUCUAGGAAGCCUGUCCCUCUGGCUUCUAUGCCUCGUGCAAUGGACAUCUGCAGCUACGGUGUUCUUUCCAGUUACUUUGACGUGGGCGAACAGAACCGUCGCAGGAGUGUCUAGGCCGGUUAUUUCAACAAACGGCCAGUUUCCUGCUCCCCCGCUGCGGAUCAACCAGGGUGACAAUGUUGAGUUCCUCGUUGACAACCGUUUGCCGUUCAAUACAACUGUACACUUCCACGGUAGGCUGUUGGAUACAUUGAUCUGGUUUAGCAUACACAUACUGACUUGGUAUCUUCUAGGAAUUGAACAACUGGGAACUCCUUGGUCUGAUGGAGUCCCCGGUGUCUCGCAGAGAUCAAUUAGACCAAACACGUCGUUCCUAUAUAAAUGGACAGCAACCGAGUACGGGGCUUACUGGUAUCAUGCGCAUCACCGUGGCUCUCUCGAAGACGGGCUUUUUGGACCAAUCUAUAUCACCCCUGCCCCCUCAGUGCAAAAGCCUUUCGGUCUUAUCACGACCAAUCCUGCUCAGCUGAGGGCUAUGAUCCGCGCAGAGAGUGUGACCUCUCCCGUCUUGCUUUCGGAUUGGCGUGUUCUCACUUCGGAGGAAAUCUGGGCUGCCGAGUUGGCCUCCGGCACAGACUCAUUCUGCGCCAAUGCUUUGCUCAUUAAUGGCAAAGGGUCCAUCACCUGCCUGCCACGUGCUGAGAUUGAUGCCCUUACAACAGACGUUCAGAAAACGAGUCUAGGUAAUAAUCUAAGAUUAACAGAUCUUGCAUGCUUCCCUCCCAACAUCACUGAAAGAGUAUUCAAUUUCCCACACAACUACAACGCCAUUCGCCCAACCAUGUUCGAAGGCUGUGUACCAUCCCAAGGUCCCCAAGAGAUCUUUACUGUCAAUGCAGCCCAUCAAUACGUAAGCUGGGAUCUCACCAGCACAGCCGGUCUACUAGAACUCACUUUCUCAGUCGACGAGCACGACAUGUGGGUCUACGCCAUAGACGGACGAUAUAUCCAGCCUCGAAAAGUCAACGCAGUCACGAUCCCGAACUCAAAUCGCUACUCCGUGCUUAUUCCCCUCACCCAGCCAGCCGGAGACUACACAGUGCGCAUGGUCAGCGCCAGCAUAAACCAGAUCCUCAACACAACCGCAAUAAUGCGAUACCAAGGCUUGCGCCAGCUAACCCGCCCAUCCAACCCGUGGAUCCAAAUCAACAACGCACCCGCCAGGCCAGACACCGUCUUCCUGGACGAGUCACGCGUCAUCCCGUUCCCGGCACUCGUCCCUUCAAACAAUAUCGCACAAACCUUCUUCCUGCAUAUCAACCAAGUGGGCACCGCCUACCGUUGGAGACUCGGUAAUACCAGCUACGGCCUGGAGCUUGAGGAAUCACAGCCCUUGCUCUUCAACCAGAAUUCCAUUCCCAGUGACUUGGUCAUCAGAACGAAGAAUAAUACCUGGAUCGACUUGAUUCUUCAAACUGAUACUAUUCUCCAGCCCCCGCAUCCGAUCCACAAGCACUCGAAUAAGCAUUUUAUCAUCGGUCAGGGAAAUGGUACUUUCACCUGGAAUUCAGUCGCGGAAGCCGUACAGGCUGUUCCUGGUAACUUUAAUCUGCAAACACCGCAGUAUCGUGAUACCUUCCAUACGGUGCAGACUGUAACGGGGCUGAGCUGGACGGUUCUCAGGUAUCAUGUUGUUAAUCCCGGUGCGUUCAUAAUGCACUGUCAUAUUCAGGUUCAUCAGAGUGGCGGGAUGGCUUUGGCCAUAUUGGAUGGGGUUGAUGCUUGGCCUACCGUCCCGCUGCCUUAUAGGAUUACUGCUGGUUUUUAG